CUGAAUUUAAACGAACCUAUCGCUCCAGUGCCUGGCAAGUGCCCUGUGUGGUCCCAAGAUCCAAAUGAAGUUUUUGCUGACCUUACAGAUGGUGCAAAGGUUUUCAUCCAGGGCGCAUCUUCAUCGCCCGGUACACUCGUUUCUCUUCUUUAUCAGCACGUCAUGGAUAAGGGAUUGAAAAACAUAAGGGUCAAACAAUUUCUCCCUCUUGGUCCGCUGCCAUACCUCAACGCGGAGGCCAAAGAUAACUUCCGCCUUGCUACAUGCUAUUCCAGUAAUUUAUGUCGUGACGCUAUCAACAGUGGACGGGCAGACUUCACUCCGAUAUCCGUUUCAGAGAUACCUCUUUUGUACCGCACUAAAGGCGUGGGUUCGGACUAUGCUCUUAUUAUGGUUACGCCUCCCGACAAACACGGGUUCUGUUCUUUGGGGGCUGCGGUUGGCACUGUGCGUUCCGCUAUCCAAAACGCUAAAAAGAUAAUAGGUAAGAGUGUUGAUGUCCUGAGGCCUAUUAUCUUAGGAUUUGGUCGAAUUCCCUACGAAGUCACCAAUCAACUUCGUAACCAUCGUGACUUAGGUGUACAUGCUGAGAUGUUCUCCGAUGGAAUCGUUAACCUCGUCAACCUGGGCGUUGUCAAUAACAGGAAUAAGACAGUCCGACGUGGACGCAUUGUUGCUAGCUACACUAUCGGCACAGAGAAGGUUUUCGAUUUUAUUAACGAAAAUCCGCUCGUUGCGCUCUACGAUAUCGCUUGGGUGAACUCCCUCGAGGUUAUUGCCCGCAAUCCGAAGGUGACAUCUGUCAAUACUGCUUUCGAGAUGGACCUCACAGGCCAAUGCGCUAGUGACAGUGUUGGGGACUGUAUUUACACCGGUGUCGGGGGCCAGAUUGACUACACACGUGGGGCUUCCCUCUCCAUUGAUGGACUCGGCCGUCCAAUCAUUACAAUGUGCUCGAAGAACUCGGCUGGGCAGUCUUCUAUCGUCCCCUUCCUAACAGAUGGCAGUGGUGUGGUUACCACACGUGCUCAUGUUCAUUAUGUGGUUACCGAGUACGGCAUCGCCUAUCUGUUUGGCAAGAACAUUCGUCAGCGGGCACACGCUCUCAUCAAAAUCGCUCAUCCCGACUUUAGGUGA